CGGUUUGCUGGAGGUGGGCGGGUGGGGUGCGGCGCCGAGCCCGAGUGGCCGCCAGAUCCUGCCUCGCACCUGGUGCUGCCGGCAGGAUGCGCCCAGGGCCCGGGGGCUGCUGCUGCCGCCGCCCUCCGCUGCCGAACGGCUGCGUCGCGAACGGGGAGCUGCGGAACGGGUAUGUGAGGAGCAGCGCAGCAGUCGCCGCAGCCUCUGCCACCGCCACCAGCCAGAUUCAUCAUGUUACUCAAAAUGGUGGACUGUAUAAAAGACCAUUUAACGAAGCCUUUGAGGAAACCCCAAUGCUUGUUGCUGUGCUUACAUAUGUGGGGUAUGGUGUUCUAACACUGUUUGGAUAUCUGCGUGAUUUCUUGAGGCAUUGGAGAAUUGAAAAGUGUCACCAUGCAACAGAAAGAGAGGAACAAAAGGACUUUGUCUCAUUGUAUCAGGACUUUGAAAACUUCUACACAAGGAACCUCUACAUGCGAAUUCGAGACAAUUGGAACCGACCAAUCUGUAGUGUGCCUGGAGCCAAGGUGGACAUCAUGGAAAGACAUUCCCAUGAUUAUAAUUGGUCAUUCAAGUACACAGGAAACAUAAUUAAAGAUGUUAUCAACAUGGGUUCCUACAACUAUCUUGGAUUUGCAAAGAACACUGGGACAUGCAAAGAAGCAGCAGCCAAAGUCCUGGAGGAGUACGGAGCUGGAGUUUGUAGCAGUAGACAGGAGAUUGGAAACCUCGAUAAGCAUGAAGAGCUAGAGAAGUUAGUGGCCAGGUUUUUGGGAGUGGAAGCAGCCAUGGCAUACGGAAUGGGUUUCGCAACCAAUUCAAUGAAUAUCCCUGCUAUUGUUGGCAAGGGUUGCCUCAUAUUGAGUGAUGAACUGAACCAUGCAUCUCUAGUUCUUGGAGCAAGGUUGUCUGGAGCAACAAUUAGAAUCUUCAAACACAAUAAUAUGCAAAGCCUUGAGAAGCUGUUAAAAGAUGCUAUUGUGUAUGGACAGCCUCGAACACGAAGGCCUUGGAAGAAAAUCCUCAUCCUUGUGGAGGGAAUAUACAGCAUGGAAGGGUCAAUUGUUCGCCUCCCUGAAGUGAUUGCUCUUAAGAAGAAAUACAAAUCUUACCUGUAUCUAGAUGAAGCCCACAGCAUUGGGGCCCUGGGCCCGACAGGUCGGGGUGUAGUAGAAUACUUUGGUCUGAAUCCUGAGGACGUGGAUGUUAUGAUGGGGACAUUCACAAAGAGCUUUGGAGCUGCUGGAGGAUACAUUGGAGGCAGGAAGGAACUGAUAGACUAUCUCCGAACACAUUCUCAUAGUGCUGUAUAUGCCACAUCAUUGUCACCACCUGUGGUGGAACAAAUCAUCACCUCAAUGAAAUGCAUUAUGGGUGAAGAUGGCACAAACCUUGGCAAAGAAUGUGUGCAACAGCUAGCUGAAAACACUAGGUAUUUCAGAAGGCGAUUGAAGGAGAUGGGCUUCAUCAUCUAUGGAAAUGAAGAUUCCCCUGUGGUGCCUUUGAUGCUGUACAUGCCAGCUAAAAUUGGUGCAUUUGGACGGGAGAUGUUGAAGCGGAACAUCGGUGUGGUUGUGGUGGGAUUUCCUGCUACUCCAAUUAUUGAAUCCCGAGCUAGGUUUUGCUUGUCAGCAGCACAUACCAAAGAAAUACUUGAUACUGCAUUAAAAGAAAUAAAUGAAGUUGGGGACCUGUUGCAGCUGAAGUAUUCCCGUCACCGGUUGGUACCUCUGUUGGACCGGCCCUUUGAUGAGACUACAUAUGAAGAGACAGAAGAUUGAGCCCUCUUGGUGGCCUUUAAAGGACACCCUCCUUCACCCAGGACAAUAUGUGGCCUUUCUGAGCCCAGUCUAGGAACCACACUUCUGUGGCUGCUUCACGUAAAAGACAUUUUCUCACAGUGCUGAAGGUGACCACAUCCAAUCCAAAUGGCAUUUUGUAAAUAGUGAAAGUUCUUUCACAUUCUUUCUCUGCUGCAUCUCUCCUUCAAAGAAAGGUGUCUUAUUCUUUGCCUUCCUACCCCCACCCCCACACAUUUUUGGAAGAAGAAAAAAAGGUUUUGUUUUAUAGCUCUUGUCCUGUUGAAAUCACGAUAUCCUAGCCUGCCUUUGGCUAACCCCAUAAACCACUCCCUACCCUUACAUCUUUCCUUACCAUUCUCUUCCCAGGUAACCCUUCUCUGCAAGCUAUUGCUGCUGUUGGUUAGAGAGUGGUACCUGCAGAGAGAAUUCACUGAGCUCCUCCUCCUUAGGAAGCAAGUGCCUUCCACUUAUCUCCCAUCCAGUCCUUGAAAGUUAUUAAUGUUUAAACCCUAAUUUAACCAGACAGAUAAUCAACCAAAGCUCUCUUUCUUUAGUUUUGUCUUAAGUUUAAACACUUGAAACUUAGCUUUAAUUUUUUUUUUAAGAUAACAAAUGUUGCUAACAGGAUCAUUAUGUAAUUCCCCCUGCCCGUGGGCCUCCAAGACUUUGUCCAAUAUCCAUUUUCAUCCUGGCCACCAGAUGUUUCUUACUUUGCCAUCAAGUGUUUCCUCAUGAUAUUCAUAAACCUAGAGUAUCUCCAGGCAGGACAGGAUUUUCCCCCAUUAAGCAUAUUUGAUAUUUAUGAGACAGCCAUAUCCCAUUCCUAUUUAAUCUCCUUUUGCCAGUGAGACCCUUAUUGGUGAAGGCAAGUUUCCUGUUUUGGUAUUUUGUGUACAUAGCUGCUCUACACUGUCAGGUGGUCGAUUGAUAUUAGACAGGGUUUUGUAAAAGGAUCACAGAGAAGAGUCCUGUUAAUGUAAUUGACCAUGGUUUAUGAAUCUUUUUCUUGCUGCUUCCUAUAUCUCAGAACUGUGGCUGUCCACAGGAAAAGCUGUUUCCAGUCAGAACUUAGAAUGAUUGAGUAAAAUAGGGAUAAGUUCUCUGCCUGGAAACUACUCGGUAUAUUUCUAUGAAAGGAUUAACAUUGCUACACUAGCUCUUUUUAAAGGCCCACUUCCUUUUUCUGGUUAUAUCCUGAUCAGUUUACCUUUGUUGUUUUCCAUCAAAACACCUACUGUAUUAAAGAGAUAGUGUUACUUUGGUUAUUUUAACCUGCUUUUGACACUGAGAAACUUUACUGCUUCCUUGUUAGCUAGACUUUGCCCUUUUUUCUGGGAGGUUCAGAAUGCAUCCUUCCCCUGAAUUGGGUUCCUUGGACCCUCUGCCAGUGGGGCCUGCUUAUAUAAUCCAUGUGUAUCACAUGGCCAGAAAGCCAAUCUGGACACCACCAUUCCAAAGCUAUUUUUCUUUUAACCAAAGCCUAAAGGGAAAAUGUUCUUGGCUUUAUUAUACCCAAAGUUAGCUUGUCUUUCCAAAAGAUAAGGGAUCAUCAAGCACCUCAGGGGAAGGUUGGGAAAGGAAUGGAAAAGAGUACUUUGUGUAUGGACUUUUGCAUGUGUGUGUGUUUUGAAGCCAUUUGUUUUACUGGCAAAUUUUCUCAUCUCAAAUGCUAUCCAGGCAGCUUGUCAUCAACUGUAGUAUGUUUGUGAAGAAAUGCUAAGUUGUUAAGUAGAAGGCGGAAAAAAUACUAUUGAUGGGGUGGUUUUGUUAUUUGCUUUUAGUGUAUUAAAUAUGUUGAUUUCCUUGAUACCCAAACUUAAAGCUUUUAGGUAAAGUCCACAUUUUUGUGCUUUUUUUUUUUUAGUUUGGAGAAAGUUGAGUGGAGGUGGAAAAGACUAUAUGUAACAUAUAUGUAAGUGAAGAAAUGAAGAGUAACAGGAAGGGAAAUAGUCCUUCGGCAAAAGCCAAGCAAAUAGCUAGUUUUUCCUAAACGAAUGCUUCCCCAUCAUAGCACCAAUAUGCCAGGUGACAACAUCUGCCCUUCAGUUGAAGAGAAUCUCCAAAAUCUCAGACAUAGACUUUCAAAAUCAGUGCAUUUUUCUAUCCUGUCUUUUACCUUGGGAUAUAUGAGGUGGUAGCAAAUGAAAAUGUGUGACAUUUUAUGGCCAGUUUAAACUAUGAUUUUACUUAUAAGGGACAUAAAACCCUUAUGUUAUCUAGAAUUCCAUGCUUUCUAAAAGAUGAACUGCUAUUUUACUCUAACCUGUGGAAGAAUGAAUUACACAUAAUGACUGGUUGUCUCCCUUCUUGAUACUGUGAUACCAACAGUCUAGUCAGAUUUCUAGUAUCUUUAUUUAACUGUUUUGAAAUCAUUAAAUCUACCUGUUGAUUAAUGAGAUGGAACCUGGCACACCAGUCAUGACAGGAUACCCUGAUCCACUGUGGUGUGGGAAUCUGAUAGGACUCUUUAAGAUUGAUCAAUUAUCACCAAAGACUGGGAUCCAAAGUACUAUAUUAAGCACUGCAGAAUAGGCUGUUUCCUCUUUCCUCAUCUUUACCUCCCCCCUUCUUCUCCCUCCAUUUCUUUAGCAAAUGACUUAAGCUGAUUUGAAGUUCAUAUUAUUUGGAGUACAUAUCAAAUCAAUCCUCCCCUCUGAGAAAUAAAGUUGUUGGGUUCAGAUUCAGUAGCUAUGUCUCCCUGAACCCCCAGCAAUGUGAAAUUGAGUAGAACAAGUAAGAAGGGUGGAGGUGGCAACCUCUUCUGCCUUCAUUUAUGCUUUCACCAAACACUUUACAGCAUUCUUGCUUCAACACAAAUAAAUGGAACAAUUGUAAAGCAUUCCUGGAGAGAUUCCCUUUAGGAGUAGGACUUAGAGAGCUUUCUCUUUAGUUUUGGAUGAAGUCAUCUUCAUUUCAAUAAAAAUAUAUUUAGCUCUAGACCUUUAAGGAACUAUGAACAUGCAGCCCACUUAAUUGAGCCUUUGCCACUUAUAGAGUGAAAAGAAAGCGAGCACUUCUCAACAUCAUUUUGGAGGCAAAGAAAAGGGGCGUUACUUUCUGGGAUUUCCCUCCCUACUCACCACUCUGAACUCUGCUUUCUUAAUUUACCCUCUUUUCUCACUCAAUUCCCUCUUUUUUUAAGUUUCUUUCCCCCAGAGAAAGCUGGUAUGAUGGUAUACUGUUUGUGGUGUUUUAGGAUGAGUAUAUCAGAAAAUUUCUUUAGGUACAUGGGUCUCUCCAAAUGCAUUUGGCCCAACUUCUUCUGGCAUCCUUUAUUCCCCCUCCCAACUUAAUAAGGAAUCAGCCUCCAUAUUUCUGACCAAUAAUCAUUGAGCUGAAUUUCCCAGAAUCUACAUAUGCCUCUGCUGUCCAUGAAUAUAGGGAGAAAGGAUGAAGAGGAAGUUUCCUAAUUUCUUUAAAGGAAAAUCCUGAAGUAUAGUCCAGCUACUUCCAUUUCUUUGUCUUCCAAAUUUGUGAGGAGACUAUCUCCCUCAGUAAGACUGGACUUGGUGGCCAUGCUACCCUAUUAAUCAAGCGAUGAGUAGGGAAGAGAAAUAGUUUAGUUAGUAUAUCUUGAUUAGGAUAGUAUGGAGGCAUGGCAUAAAAUAUCCAAAGAAACUGGGUUCCUAUUGAAAAGCUCCAGGUUCACUGACUAUAGAAUAAUACUUGGGUGAGCUAUUGUUCCUUACAAUUCAGUUGAGAUACUACCUGCCUAUUCCUUCUCCUGGUGCUCCAUAUGUAAAGUGACUUUUUGAAAUUUCUCUUUGCAUAACGUGGACCCUAUGUGAUGUGAAAUGAAUGGAACUAGAGAAGUCCUUUUUCCUUAUGUGGUCUCAUUCACAAUGUGAUUCAUGGAGUAAUGUUGAAUAUUCCAUGCUGUUAAAAUAGAGCAGAGCAUCAGUAUAUAGUGGGAGAACAUCAAAAUCAAGACUAGAAGACUCAAUACUGCUCAAAGAGCCUUCAAGUGUGGCUGCUACUUGUUUUACAUGGGGGCACAGAUGUCAGACUGCAGUUCAAUUCAGCAAGCUAGGAAACUGAACCACACAUACCUGAGAGAGAUAAGCAUGUCUGCUCCCUGCUCAGCUUUACUAAUAUGAAAUGUAGUUCUCAGACUCCCAGUCUAUUGCCACGUGCAUGACACAGGCAGGAUUUGGCAGCUGUCUCUCUCCCUUAUCAUGCAGAACAAAUGCCUGGAGCCAAGGAGUAAUUUUUGUUGGAUUUAAUUCAGUAGAAAAUGUUGUGUCCUCUUCUGUCCUUUUUAGCCUCUCAGAUGUCCUGAGUAUAUCCUGCUAUAGGUUGAAUGCCUGAUUCGGGGAGGGAACCAAAAGGGUUGACUCAUGUUCCUCCAAUAAGAAUGCUGUUUUGUGGCCUGUAACUAGUGAGUGAGUCUAGAGUUAAUCUUGUUCCCAUCCCACCCCAAACUUAAAGAAGAAAGUAGGGAAGGGUACAGACAAGAAAGACUUUGUUUACUGUAUAAUGCACAUCAAAAAUGGCCUUAAACUGUGAUUCUUUUUGGUAUGAUGUGUUUUCAUUAACUGACCCUAAAGAAUGUGGUGACUUAAACUGCAGGUACUGUAUUCCUAAUGAAGUGAUACCUGCGAUUUUGUUCCUUGCUAAGCAAAGUGGAGGGAUAGGGAGCCAUAGAAGGAAGGAGGAAACAACCUCUUUUGCUUUCUAUUUGUGUUCCCGUACUAUGAUCUCCAUGGAUAUGCAGGGAAUAGUCUUAUGCAUAAGGAGACCUGAUUCAGUUCCAAACUUGCUUUAUGCAACAUUCCAUAUCCAAGUCCUUCAUGCAAAGCUUGGUAAGUUGGCCGGGAAUUCCUGGAGAAUAAAGAAGGGGAAAUAGUAGGAAGAAAGUUAGGGCUUCUCACUGCCUGGUAUGGGAUAAUGACUGGCCUUUGCCUUCCUUGAAAGGGGUCUUGUUCUAGUGAUUGGAAAUGGGCAAGUGGUUGGAAUGAUAGAAGCACAGGUUAUGUUACAUCACCCCGACCUCUUUCAACCAGCAUCCCUAUACAAUCUUAAUGAUCCCCCUCUGUAUGAAGGCAGCUAACAUAAAGAAGACAGGGGUAAAAGAUAUGGGUUAAAAAUUAAGGAAACAGCUUUUUGUGGAGCCUGAGCUGUCUGGUGGCCCAGAUUUUUCCAUUGCCAUAGAGGAGAGGACAAAGUGAAAUUGCAGGGAGUGGGGUGGAAUUGUCCCUCUCUAGUCCUAUGAUGUACAUAUAUACAUACCCUUGGAGGGAGGAGGGGGAUAGAUUGUAAAUAUGAAGCAUUUUAAAUAAAAUUUUGUAACUGAUUCCCUUCUACCACCGAAAAAUAAAGUAUUUUAUGCCAGAUGAUCUAAUUUUUUUAAUUGUUGGAUGACUGUGAAACUGGGUACAGUGGGAGGGAACUGUUCAUUCAGCUUCAAAAGUGCAUGUUCAACCCUGAAGGGAAACUGCCUGGGAUAAAUAAGAACAAUCCAUGCAAAUCUAUUUAUGUUUUUGCCCAAUAAAAUACUCAGAAAGAUGA